AUGUCAAUGACGAGCCCUCAGCCAGUUUCGCUCUCUCCAUUCGAGUACAGUACUCCUGCCGGGGCCCACACGGGAGAUGAUUAUUUUUCUACUGAUAUGGAUUUUGACACUGCAUAUCAGCUUAUGACAGGCGAUGGUAAAGCCGGAUUCGAUGGAGCCAUCGGUUCGCCCGUCAGCUUGAGAACGGCGGAGGAAGCUGCUAACAGUGGCCUCAGGACGCCUACAGACAAGCCGCAUGUCGUUCAUCCCCAACCAUCGACCCCUGCAAAUACCUUCGGGGAGGCCACUGAAGGUGCUGAUGACCCGUACCGGUCUUUUGAAUACCAUCGGAACCAGAUCUUGAAAGGCAGUGGGGUCUCCAUGCCGUUUGCUUCACCAAGGCUGAACCAGCUCAGUACCCAGAGCGCCAUCGUGUCGCCAAACACGAGAAAUAUCCUUCACAGCAUCAACAGUCUCAACUCGCAAAACACUCAGUUUCAGCUGAGCGACUCGGGAUAUGAGCUUCUGUCGAUUACAGAGACUUCAGCACUGGAGCAAUUCCUGGAUAGCAUAGUUGACGAUACCAAGUUGAGUCUUUUGUCUAAACAUUGGUCCUCGAUAGACCCACUUGCGAACGGCAGGAAGCACGCGCUUCCUCCACAUUUACAGCAGCAACUUCACGGCCAUCAAAACUUUUACCCGCAGCCAGAGCUUGACCUUCCGCUCAAACUGCAAUCACAAAACAUGAAUCGAAAUGCCGUAUCCCUCCCAAAGCAUCACAUGAUCAGUCUCACGCCUUCGAAUCCGGCUACUGCAGUGAACUCGGUCUUACCAUCUGGGGCGAAUAGCCCGAGGAAAGAUCUCCCCAGCUAUAGUGACGACCAGUUGCGAAACCAUCUCAGCCAUGUGUUUGCACCAGAUCGGAAGCCAGAAACAUCGCAGACAUUCCAGCGACGCCUUCCAGAUGAAUCAGCGAGGGAAGAUUCGGAAGAGCCAAGGCGAGACAAACUUAAGAAGAGUCUGCUGACCAGCGAUGAAAAACGGCGUCAUCACACUUCCAGCGAGCAGAAACGGAGAAGCGUGAUUCGUGAGGCUUACGAUGUUCUUGUGGACAUGGUCUCCGGAGCCGACGCCAUAGUCACGAUGGAUGAGGUGAAGAACCCGAAAAAACGCAAGACAAACGAGGCAAAGAGGGCCAUGAGCAAGUCAUUGGUUAUGAAUAAGGCUGUGAACGAGAUUCGCGCCUUGAUCUCGUUGAACAGCCAACUACGGUAUUUGAUUGAGAAUACUAAAUAG